GAGCAACGCGGGCACUUCCUUCCGGGCCGCGCGGUGCCUGUCGGGAAGCAUGGAUUCGCACGAGCUCUUCCGAAAGCUCGGAGCCGGCGCCAAGUUCGACGUGAAGCGCUUCAGGAGAGACGCGGAGCGAUUCAAGGUGAUCAGAACUAAGGAUAAAGAAGCCGGAGCAUCAGAGAUUCUGGGAGAGCUUGACUUCUUUGCUAACCAAAGCAAAAAACCACCCAGUCCUUCAGAUGAUGGCAGAGAAGGAAAUGGUCUUCGUGAACCCCGAGUUGAAGCAUUGGAAUCACAACCUGAAAAUAAAGGAAAUGAACCCAAAUUGGUGGGCAAGGCGAGGGCUGCAGAGAAGAGAAAAGGAGAUGGGCAAAGCAUGGAAGGGAGGGGCAAAAAGAAAAAGGCUCAAGGUAGCUUGGAGGAGGCGGUGUAG